AGACAUGUUUAAAAAAAAAUAUGUCAUAAAAACAAAGCUGCCUCCUUGUUUGAGUCACUGUCAGCUCCGUUAAUACGUUUAUUGAUCAGCCCGAACAGAAAUGUAGCGUGCGGCGACUGACGGCGAUGUGUUCUGCGCAGGCGCGGCUCCUUUACGAGCCUCCGGUGAGUUUUAUAGAGGAGAAGCAGAUCUGAUACCAUGAACCAGGUGGAUUCUGUCCAGCAGCAGCGGACUGACAGUGUGUGUCUGGAGGGAAAAGUGCAGAUGAAACGCCUCCGUGAGCCGCAGGACGUUGUUCGGAAGCAAACCGCUGUGUCUCCUGCGGAUGUCCAGCAGCUGUUGGUGAUAAAAGAAGAAGUUCCCCAUGAAUGGAGCUCCAGUCUGGACCAGCAGGACUCAGAACUCCUCCACAUAAAGGAGGAAGAGGAGGAACUGUGGAGCAGUCAGGAGGGAGAGCAGCUGAAUGGGGAGGAGGAGUCUGAUAUCAGCAGGUUUCCAUUCACUGCUGUUCCUGUGAAGAGUGAAGAUGAUGAAGAAAAUCCUCGGUCCUCACAUCUUCAUCAGAGCCACACUGAAGACAGUAAAGAGGCAACCAGCAGCUCAGCUAAACAGAUGAAAACAGAAAGCGAAGGACUAAAAAGAGAUGAAAAACCAGAUACUAAUACUCAUAUACAACUAAAUACUAAUGGAAAAUCUUCUGACUCUUCUGAGAGUAAUAUUUAUGAUGAGGAGGAGGAGGAGGAGGAGGAGGAAGAUGAUUGGCAGGAACCUUUGUCAGAUUUUGGAGCUGAAACUGAAGAUGCUAACCGUGGGGCAUUUCGGUCAGGUGUGAAUAACGGCGGAUCUGACUCUGACAAAGAAACCUUCGGCUGCUCUGAGUGUGGUAAACGAUUUCUCCACAAGCGUUCUCUUUGGAGACACAUGAAAUGUCGUUCGGGACAAGGUUUGCCGAGCUGUUCCGUUAAUAAAUGCUCAGGAGUGAGGCAAAAUGUCGAUUUAUACAUUAGAGACCACACAGGAAAGAAACUGUAUGAAUGUGAUUUUUGUGGACAGAGAUUCACGCGACAGUAUAAUCUUAACAGACACAAAAGAGUCCACACAGGAGAAAAACCGUUUGUUUGCAAAGUUUGUGGUAAAGGAUUUACACGACCAGAGGACCUGAAGCCUCACAUGCGAGCCCACACAGGAGAAAAACCCUUCAAAUGUACUGUCUGUGGCAAAGGAUUUAGCCACAAGUUCCACAUGAAAAGACACUUGAGCGUCCACACGGGAGAGAAACCAGGUGAUGGUGGCAAAAGACUUACAUCUCAGGAAAGUCUGGAGUCUGUCGCUUUGUCACUUAACAUCCCACUAGCUACACCUAAACCAGAAGAAAAACUGGGGACUGAACAUCCUGCUGCCCAUCAGUCACAGAACACCAUCAACCAAACUGCUGCGUUGCCUGCAGAUGUCCAGCAGCUGUUGGUGAUUAAAGAAGAAGUUCCCCAUGAAUGGAGCUCCAGUCUGGACCAACAAGACAAAGAGCCCCUCCACAUAAAGGAGGAACAGGAGGAACUGUGGACCAGUGAGGAGGGAGAGCAGCUGAAUGGUCAGGGGGAGACUGAUAUCAGGAGGUUUCCAUUCACUGCUGUUCCUGUGAAGAGUGAAGAUGAUGAAGAGAAUUCUCGGUCCUCCCAUCUUCAUCAGAGCCAAAGUAAGGACAACAGAGAGACAGAGCCUCCAACCAGCAGCUCAACAAAACAGAUGAAAACAGAAAGCGAUGAAGACGACUGUGGACGACCAGAACCAGCCAGAACCCCAGAUUCAAAUGGAAAUUUAGAACCAAAUACUGAUAAAAAGGCUUCAGACUCGUCUGAGACUGAAGUCAGUGACGAUGAUGAUGAAGAUGAAGAUGAAGAUGAUGGGCAGGAACUUUUAUCAGACGCUGGACCUGCAACUGAGGACAGUGAAAAUAGUCCCUGGGCACCCGAGGAAGGUGCAAAUACUUUGAAAUCUCUUAAAAACAAGCAAUCUCUUCAGAGACGUAUGACAUGUAAUUUAGGAAAAAGGUCUUCCAGCUGUUUUGUUAAGAAGAAGUGUUUCAAAGUAAAGCAAAAUGUUGAGUCAUUGCUGAGGAACCACACAGGAGACAAAUCGUUUGACUGUGAUGUUUUUGUUGAAAAAAUUAGACAACACUAUAGUUUUAAAUCACACAUUAGAAAUCGUACAGGGCAGAAACAAUUUGUUUGUGGGAUUUGUAGUGAGAGCUUCACACAACAGAAAAAUCUUAAGAGGCACAUGAGGGUUCACACAGGUGAGAAACCAUAUAGUUGUGCUGUUUGUGCCAAAAGGUUUACCCAACAGGGGGUUCUGAAGAGACAUAUGAGAGUUCAUUCUGGAGAGAAGCCAUUUGGUUGUGAUUUUUGUGGGAAAAGGUUUACGCAACAGGGGGUUGUAAAAAGACAUAUGAGGGUGCAUACUGGAGAGAAACCAUACAGUUGUGACCUGUGUGGGAAAAACUUUGUACAUCACCAUGAUCUGAAGAUACACAUUAGAGCUCACACAGGGGAGAAACAGUUCAAUUGUAGUGUUUGUGGAACAAGAUUUACUCAACAAGGAAGUCUGAAGAGACACAUGAGAGUUCACACAGGCGAGAAACCAUUUGUUUGUAGUGUUUGUGGUAAAACAUUUACACAACAGGGGAGUUUAAACAGACACUUGCGAAAUCACACCGGGGUUGAAGCUGUGCUUAUGACCGCUGCUUCCUCAUUCGAGAAUGAAUCUGUCAGUGAAGUCAGAAUUUUAUGAAAGCUUGAAUGGACUUUUGUGUCUUUGUUGUGUUUUUUGUUUUCUUUAUUGACUCUGUAAAUCAUAAG